GCUGAUUUGGUCAUUAAUUAAUAUUGAAAGGAAUUACAUCUGUAUAUUCGUAUAUAUAUAUGCAAUAUAAAAUGGCAGCUCAACACCAACACUAUACUGUAGAAGUGGGCGAUACUAAUUUUACAAUUCAUAGUCGCUACAUUAACCUAAGGCCCAUAGGAUCUGGUGCCCAAGGAAUAGUAUGUGCUGCUUACGAUACGGUUACUGAGCAAAACGUGGCCAUUAAGAAGUUAUCGCGACCAUUCCAGAAUGUAACCCAUGCUAAGAGAGCAUAUAGAGAAUUCAAAUUAAUGAAGCUUGUAAACCAUAAAAACAUUAUUGGCUUACUUAAUGCCUUUACUCCGCAACGAAAUUUAGAAGAUUUUCAAGACGUUUACCUUGUAAUGGAGCUAAUGGACGCUAAUCUCUGCCAAGUUAUUCAAAUGGAUUUGGAUCAUGACAGAAUGUCAUAUUUGCUAUAUCAAAUGUUGUGUGGAAUUAAACAUUUACAUUCAGCUGGAAUUAUACACAGAGACUUAAAACCAUCCAAUAUAGUUGUAAAGGCCGACUGUACUCUAAAAAUUUUAGACUUUGGACUAGCUCGCACUGCAGGAACUACCUUUAUGAUGACUCCAUAUGUAGUAACCCGCUACUACAGGGCACCAGAAGUCAUUUUGGGAAUGGGGUAUACUGAGAACGUUGAUAUAUGGUCCGUCGGUUGCAUUAUGGGUGAAAUGAUAAGAGGUGGGGUACUCUUCCCUGGAACAGAUCAUAUAGAUCAGUGGAAUAAAAUUAUUGAGCAAUUAGGUACACCAUCUCCAUCAUUUAUGCAACGCUUACAACCAACUGUACGAAAUUAUGUGGAAAAUCGUCCUAGGUACACUGGAUAUUCAUUUGAUAGACUUUUUCCUGAUGGAUUAUUUCCAAACGAUAAUAAUCAAAAUAGUCGAAGGAAAGCUGCAGACGCCAGAGAUCUCCUUAGUAAAAUGCUUGUAAUUGAUCCAGAACAGAGGAUAUCUGUAGACAAGGCACUAAAACAUGAAUAUAUAAAUGUCUGGUAUGAUGCUGAGGAAGUAGACGCUCCUGCUCCAGAGCCGUAUGAUCAUAGCGUUGAUGAAAGAGAACAUACUGUGGAACAAUGGAAGGAGUUGAUUUAUGAGGAAGAGCACUAUGAACACUAUGAAGAAGAACACUAAUUCCACUAUGUACCGUUAUAAAAUUGGAAAAAUUAAACCUGAAUUUUCUGAUAAAUUUAUUAUUUUUUUUUGUGUGUAACAAUAGUCAAAAUUGUCUUCUGAUAGAUUUGGAUUUUUUUAUGAUAGGAUUUUUUUGAAGUAUUGAAAAACGUAGUAUUUUUGUAAUAAAAAUUUCAGAGGUAAGCUUACAUAUUUCCAUAUAACUACAUAUAAAUUAGCAAUUUAAAGACAAUUAUUUCACAGUGAUGUAAGUGAAAAAACCAAAAACAAAUAUUUUUACGUUUUGUGACCCAAGUCUAUCAUAUAAUUUGAAAUUAUAAAUUGAUAAAUUAGAAAAUCCGAUGUUGUUACCAGGUUCAAUUAGACUUGGAGGAGACAGUCUAGUCAUAUUUCUAUUAGAAAAAGUAUUAGGUUAGUCACGGUAUCUGCAUCUUAUUACAAAUUCUUUUUGUAUUGUUAAUUUAUUAAAAGAAUAAUAAUAUUAGUAAACUUGUAUUUAAAUCAGACCUCGCAAAUAAGGGUUCAAACUUCCGGGGUGUAAACGCUUAUUUACAGAAAAAUUGAGACAAGUGACAGAAAAGAACCGACCAAAUUUGUUUUUACUCAAUUCGCUCUUCUCCUCUGUUUUUCACAGAGCACUUUGUCGCGAGCUUGUGAGUGUGGCGUCUAUGGCAACAACCUUUUUAAAAAGAUCCCAGAGAAAAAAUUUCUCGUCACCCACCCCUGCUUCUAAACGAUGAAUUUUUGCAUUUUUUGUAAUUUAAUUUGCGUUAAAUAUUUUAAUGUGGUUUUCAUUUUUCGAUUACUUAAUAAAAAGAUAGAACAAAACUAA